AUGUUGCUGCUGGCAAUUGGAGCGCAAGGGCUGAUGCGGAUCUCCCUGCAGAAGUUUCCAUCAGUCCGGAACCGCUUUGGCCGGUCUGGCCUCCCUAUUGCUGAGAUGCUAAGGCGAGGAGGAAUCUGGUCUGGGAAGCCCCUGAUGGCAGCUUCAGUCACCCACCAGCGCCUUCACAACUAUAUGGAUGCACAGUACUAUGGGGAAGUGUGCAUUGGAACACCCAAACAGUGCUUCAACGUCGUCUUUGAUACGGGCUCCUCCAACCUGUGGGUGCCCUCCUCCAGAUGUUGCCUCUUGCACCUGGCCUGCUGGGUUCACAGCCACUAUCGGUCCUUGUUCUCCUGCACCCACAAGACGGAUAACUCCAAAUUCGCCAUUCACUAUGGAAGCGGCAGCCUCAAAGGAUUUCUGAGCCGGGACAUUCUUACAAUUGGUAACAUGACCGUUCAGAAUCAGACGUUUGCGGAGGCUACUGAUCUGCCAGGACUGGUGUUUGUCGCUGCCAAGUUUGACGGGAUCAUGGGGCUGGGCUAUCCCAGCAUCUCGGUGAACAAUAUCACCCCACCCUUCGAUAACAUGAUGAAGCAGAAGCUCCUUCCGAAGAACGUCUUCUCCUUCCAUCUCUGCAACACGGACAACAUCACAGAAAACAAUGGUGGUGAGGUUGUUUUCGGAGGGAUCAACCACGAUGCCUACGAAGGGCAGCUUCACUACAUCCCGGUGUCACGGAAGGCCUAUUGGCAGAUCAAGAUGGACAAGUAAGAUGAUGGACCUGAGUUAUGCAAGGAUGGAUGCCAGGCCAUUGUGGACACAGGCACUUCGCUGAUCACCGGGCCCAGUGACGACAUCCGUGCGCUGCAUGAGGCCCUUGGGGCUGACCACGCCUUCGGAGGGCAGUACUUGUUCGACUGCAGCAAGCUGCCUCAGUUACCGCCUGUGACCUUCCAUCUUGCCGGCAAGCCCUACACACUGUCUCCACAGCAAUAUACCCUCCAGCUGGACCAGACGGGAGUGAGUGCCUGUGUCAGUGGGUUCAUGAGCCUUGACAUCCCAAAGCCUGUUGGCCCUUUAUGGAUCCUGGGUGACGUCUUCCUCCGAAAGUAUUACUCCGUCUUUGACCGAGAUAACGACCAAGUUGGCUUAGCUGUUUCCAAGCAAUCCAUAUGUGGCGACAGUGGCACUGGCACCGGAGGACCGACUGCAGCUCCUGACACAGAAGGGACGACGGCCAUUCCAAGGACAGAAAGUGUGACCAAGAAGUGUUAG